AUGGCGCCGCCUCUGGCCCCGAUCCCCACCCGAGAGCCGAGCGGAGCAGCUCCCGCGUGCCGGAAGCCCGGGGCCGUGAGCUUCGCGGAUGUGGCCGUGUACUUCUCCCCCGAGGAGUGGGGGUGUCUGCGCCCCGCACAGAGGGCCCUGUACCGGGACGUGAUGCGGGAGACCUACGGAAAAGGAGGCACCAAGCCAGCGCUCAUCUCCUGGGUAGAGGAAGAGGCUGAACUGUGGGGUUUGGAUGCCCAGGAUCCGGAGGUGGCCAGGUGUCAGGCGGGCACAGCCCCAGAUUCCAGAAACAAGGAAGAGAAGCGAGGAAGGGAACCAGUGGAAGCACUGCAGGAGACACUUUCUCCUGACCCUGGCCCACCUGGGAUGCAGGGUCUGGGACUCCCUUCUGCUGGACUCCCUCAGGGCUUGGAGGCAGCAGCCAAAGCACCUCACCGCGGUCGUCCCCCACUCCGAGCCCACCCCUCUGUCCCCCGAGCAGACCAGCGUCAUGGCUGCUAUGUGUGUGGCAAGAGUUUCGCCUGGCGCUCCACACUAGUGGAGCACCUCUAUACCCACACCGGAGAGAAGCCCUUCCACUGUCCUGACUGCAACAAGGGCUUUGGCCGGGCCUCCUCCCUGAGCAAGCACCGGGCCAUCCACCGAGGCGACCGGCCCCACCGCUGCCCUGACUGUGGCCGGGCCUUCACGCAGCGCUCUGCCCUCAACACGCACCUGCGGGUCCACACUGGCGAGAAGCCCUACUGCUGCGCUGACUGUGGCCGCUGCUUCAGCCAGAGCUCCGCCCUCCACCAGCACCAGCGGGUGCACAGCGGCUUGACCCCCUUCCCUUGUGCUGACUGCGGCCGAGCCUUUGCCCAUGCGUCGGACCUCAGGCGGCACAUGCGCACUCACACGGGCGAAAAGCCCUACCCCUGCCCAGACUGUGGACGCUGCUUCCGCCAGAGUUCAGAAAUGGCAGCCCACAGGCGGACCCACAGUGGCGAGCGCCCUUAUCCCUGUCCUCAGUGUGGUAGAUGCUUUGGCCAGAAGUCAGCCAUGGCCAAGCAUCAGUGGGUCCAUCGCCCUGGAGCUGGGACCCGCGGGAGCCGAGGAGCUAGCGGGUUCCCUGGGUCACUGGCCCCUGACCCGGGAGACCUGGACCCACCUGUGGGUUUCCAGCACUAUCCAGAGAUAUUCCAGGAAUCUCGGGGGCCCGGGGCUGGGCAGCCCGGUCUCCCGGACGGCGCCGAGCGGGGCGAGUGGCGAGGGCUCCGAUCGCAAGGCACCCCGGCUGGGUCGCAGGAUCGUCCGCCAUCGCCACCGCCGCUGCACCGGGAGCUGGCUGGGAUGGAGCGGGAGGAGUCGCCGUGGGGCCUCGAGCCUCGGGAUGUGCAAAGUCCUGACGAAAUGGGGAGCCCCGAAGGGUCCCUCAAAGGCAACACGAGUGAGAAUGAGGAAGAGGAAAUUUCUCAGCAAGAAGGCAAUGGGGACUAUGAAGUUGAAGAAAUACCUUUUGGCCUUGAACCCCAAAGCCCUGGGUUUGAGCCACCAAGCCCAGAAAUUGAAUCCCAAAGCCCCAGGUUUGAGCCUGAAAGCCCAGGGUUUGAGUCCCGAAGCCCUGGGUUUGUGCCCCCAAGCCCUGAGUUUGCACCCAGAAGCCCUGAAUCAGAUCCUCAGAGUCCAGAGUUUGAAUCCCAGAGCCCUAGGUAUGAACCCCAAAGCCCUGGCUAUGAUCCCAAGAGCCCAGGCUAUGAACCCAGGAGCCCAGGUUAUGAGUCCCAAAGCCCUGAAUUUGGUUCUCAAAGCCCCAGGUAUAAAUCUCAGGGUCUGGGACAUGAAUCCCAAAACUCUGGAGAUGAACCUCAGACUCCUGAGUUAAAAAUUCAAAACCCUGAACUUGAAGCUCAGAGUUCUAAAUUCCAGGAAGGUACUGAGAUACUUCUGAAUCCUGAGGAAAAGAAUCCCUUAAGCAUCCCCUUAGGAGUUCACCCCCUGGACUCCUUUACUCAGGAGUUUGGGGAGCAGCCCACAGGAGCUCUAUCCCUAGGGCCACCCUUUGAGAUGCCUACAGGGGCCCUAUUGUCGACGCCCCAGUUUGAGAUGCUUCAGAACCCCCUGGGUCUGACAGGGACCCUCCGGGGUCCAGGGCGGCGGGGUGGCCGGUCCAGGGGUGGGCAGGGCCCUCGGCCUAACAUCUGCGGUAUCUGCGGGAAGAGCUUCGGCCGGGGCUCCACCCUGAUCCAACACCAGCGCAUCCACACGGGGGAGAAGCCUUACAAGUGCGAGGUGUGCAGCAAGGCCUUCUCCCAGAGCUCCGACCUCAUCAAACACCAGCGCACACACACCGGCGAGCGGCCCUACAAGUGUCCCCGCUGCGGCAAGGCCUUCGCCGACAGCUCUUACCUGCUGCGACACCAGCGCACCCACUCUGGCCAGAAGCCCUACAAGUGCCCGCACUGUGGCAAGGCCUUUGGCGACAGCUCCUACCUCCUGCGACACCAGCGCACCCACAGCCACGAGCGGCCCUACAGCUGCCCCGAGUGCGGCAAGUGCUACAGCCAGAACUCGUCCCUGCGAAGCCACCAGCGGGUGCACACCGGGCAGCGGCCCUUCAGCUGUGGCAUCUGCGGCAAGAGCUUCUCCCAGCGGUCGGCGCUCAUCCCCCACGCCCGCAGCCACGCCCGCGAGAAGCCUUUCAAGUGCCCCGAGUGCGGCAAGCGCUUCGGCCAGAGCUCGGUGCUGGCCAUCCACGCCCGCACCCACCUGCCAGGCCGCACCUACAGCUGCCCCGACUGCGGCAAGACCUUCAACCGCUCGUCCACGCUCAUCCAGCACCAGCGAUCGCACACGGGCGAGCGGCCCUACCGCUGCGCCGUGUGCGGCAAGGGCUUCUGCCGCUCGUCCACGCUGCUGCAGCACCACCGCGUCCACAGCGGCGAGCGGCCCUACAAGUGCGACGACUGCGGCAAGGCCUUCUCGCAGAGCUCCGACCUCAUCCGCCACCAGCGGACCCACGCGGCCGGCCGCCGCUGAGCGUGGCCCCCGGCGAGCCAGGACCAGCCGGAGGAACCUUCUAGCUCCAGAGGGGGCCAGCGUGCACGAAGUUCCAGGCGCCAGAGACGAAUGGGGAAAUGGGCUAUGAAGAGAGAGGGUCGAGGGCGCCCACGGGGGGCAGCAGGAAGUCCGGGGAGAGACCCAGAAAGGGCGAGCGGAGAGCAGGCUGGGCAGCAGGCCACUCCCCGGCGGGCGCCUGGCUCGGCAAAGGCCAGGCGGGGAGGGGGGAGGGGAGGGGAGGCUUGCUUAGAGUUGGGUAGCUUAGAUUGGUAGCUGCGGAGACCCUGGUUGCGGCAGGAAGGGGUAGAAGGGUAGGUAGGGCGGGGAGCAGGGCCUGGGCCUCAGUGCCAAACCCCAGCCUGCCUUGUCUUCUUGGGCCUGGGAGCCCCUGCGUUUGAGUUCAAUA